CGCGGGCCGCGGGGCGCCAGGCCUGAGCCGGGCGCGCUGGAGGAGCCCGAGGAGCCGCGGCCCGCGCCCCGCGCCCCGGACAUGGUGGGCCACCUACAUCUGCGGGGCAUGGAGGGCAGCCCGAGGGAGCAGAGCCGCGAGGGCCUGCUGGACAGCCCCGACUCCGGGCUGCCCCCCAGCCCCAGCCCCAGCCCGCCUUUCUACGCGCUGGCGCCCGGCAUCCUCGACGCCCGCGCGGGGGGCGCCUCCUCCGAGCCCCCCGGAGCCAGCGAGGCCGGAGCGCCCUCUGCCCCCCUGCAGAACCCCCCGGCCCCCGAGAUGAGGCCCCGGAUGCUGCCGGUGUUCUUUGGGGAGAGCAUCAAGGUGGACCCGGAGCCCACGCAUGAAAUCUGCUGCAGCUCUGAGGUCCAGUUCUCCUCCGAGAGGCGCUUCCGCGACAAAGUGUUCUACGCGCCUGUGCCCACGGUCACGGCCUACAGCGAGACCAUCGUGGCGGCGCCCAACUGCACGUGGCGCAGCUACCGCAGCCAGCUGACCCUGGAGCCGCGCCCGCGCGCCCUGCGCUUCCGCAGCACCACCAUCAUCUUCCCCAAGCGCGCGCGCAGCUCCUUCCGCACCACCCUGCGCUGCAGCCUGGGCCGCGCGCGCCGCUCCUUCACCGCCAGCGUGCAGCUGCGGCUCUGCGCCCCGCCCGCGCCCUAGGCCGCCCGAAGCCCGCGCCCAGCCCGCUACGCCGGCCGCCAGCCGAGCAGGAGCACGUGGCGGCCGCUCCAGGGAGGGAGGGGCCACCUGGCUGUCCUUGCGGGGCGUAAAGGUGUCCCCGGCCGCGCAGACGCCGCUCUGGGGCUGUGUGAGGGCACAGCGGUGCCACCCACGCCCGCCCCGCCCCUAGAUAGGGCGCUUUCCAACAGGGGCCUCUCAGUGGUACAGCCCACGCGGCCAGUGGCCCUGAGACCAGCCCAGCCCAGCACCAGCUCUGGAGGCCAUUGAGCGGGAGAUAGAAGAGUCCAGCGCUAAGGCCCAGGCUGGUGCUGGUUCCCUGGGGCAGGGCGUCCUGGAAUGUGCCUUGAGCCGCUGCCACCCAGGGUCCUGUGGCCGCCAGUGUGGACAGUCCAGGGCCCUGCCUGCCAAGGAGGCCUUUAGCCUCCAUACCCUGAGCCUCACUGCAGGGAGGCCCCAGCCAGCACCUGCCGCACCACCGUCGCCCUCAGCGCUGGGACUUUGGGACCUCAAAGCCAUCUGCCAGGUGCCGGGGGAGGCUUCAAGCUCCUGGGAACGUCCUGAGCCCUACCCAAGGCCAGUCUGGACUCCAGGCUCUGAGCGUUGCUGUCUGCUUAAGGUGAAACGCGGGGCCAUGUCCAUUCCUGCCAAGGCUCCAGCUGACCACGUGAUUCUGAAAGCCAGGAGCCCAGCCAUGCUGCUCUGCUCCGGCUCCCUGGGACACCUCAGGUGGCAUGGGGCCACGCCUGGGCCACUGAACCCACACCCCAGAGGCCCCUGCUGUGGUCACACAGAUGUCCCCCUGAACCUUCCUCCCCAGAUCUGAAGGCACCCAGUAGGUGGGCGGCUGGCUGCCUGCUGCUCCCCUGGGAACCCCCAGGAGCAGAGGGGAAGGGCCUCUGGGGCUGCAGCCCACCCCCCAGGAGCCAGGAGGGGCACCCGGAGGCGAAGCCAAGCAACCGAUGUAUUUUUAUAUAUCUAUGCAGACAGCAAGUCCCAAGGUACCUCCCUGAUUGACAGAUAACUUAAGAAGUCAAUUGAUUAUCGUAAUAAAACGUGCAAACCCCAA